AUUGCCCUAGUCUCUCCAAAACGUAGCAUACAAUGUUAACUGUAUCGUUCUGGUUUUGCACAGAUUUGACAUGUCGUUUGAGGAGGUCCCCAACCAUGUUAACUGACUUUCAAAAUGGAAACGAACCACCACACAACCCAACAAACAGAAAAGGAGAAGAACCCUAACCUUGAAAAAAUCUCAGGCAUAAAAAUGAAGUCCAUUGGAGUCCUAAUGACUUGUCCGAUGCACAAAUACCUAGAACAACAGCUAGAAACCCACUUCAAUCUCUUCAAACUAUGGCACUGCAACUCCUCAAUAACUGAAUUCUUGAAAACCCAUCAAGGAAACACAAUCAGAGCAGUAGUGGGUAACACUGAGAUUGGUGCAGAUGUGGAACUAAUUGCGUCAUUGCCAAGUUUGGAAAUUGUUGCCAGUUACAGUGUAGGAUUGGAUAAAAUUGAUUUGAGAAAGUGUGAAGAGAAAGGGAUUAGAGUUGCUAAUACCCCUGAUGUUUUGACUGAUGAUGUUGCUGACUUAGCAAUUGGGUUGAUAUUGGGGGUUUUGAGGGGGAUUUGUGCUUCUGAUGCUUACGUCAGGAUUGGCAAGUGGAAGGAUGCUGAUUUUGGAUUGGCAACAAAGUUUAGUGGUAAAUCAGUUGGCAUCGUUGGGUUGGGCAGAAUUGGUACAGCUAUUGCGAAGAGAGCUGAAGCUUUUGGUUGCUCCAUAAGUUACUUCUCCAGGUCACAAAAACCAUUUGCAAACUACAAAUUCUACUCGAACAUUAUUGACUUGGCCACCAGUUGCCAAAUCCUCAUCGUGGCUUGUGCUUUGACAGAGGAAACCCGCCAUAUUAUCAAUCGCGAAGUCAUUGAUGCUCUGGGUCCAAAGGGCAUUCUAAUAAACAUUGGACGGGGUGCUCACGUGGAUGAAACUGAGCUUGUGUCUGCAUUGCUUGAAGGUCGGCUAGGUGGCGCAGGGCUUGAUGUGUAUGAAAAUGAGCCUGAUGUACCUGAAGAAUUGCUCGGUCUUGGCAAUGUUGUCCUCCAGCCUCAUGUGGGAUCUGACACUGUAGAAACCAGCGACGCAAUGGCAGACCUUGUCAUUUCAAACUUGAAGGCACACUUUAGCAAAAAGUCCCUGUUGACUCCAGUUAUAUGAUGGUUAUGCCAAAGACAAGGCUUGAGUCAGGUGCUCAUGUAGAUUUCCUUCGAUUCUCCAGAUUUUUGUCAUGUCUACAUCGCUAGAAGCUCUGUCCAUGAUUUUCUAGCAUAUUGAAAAGUCCAUUUGAGCUCAUAUUGGUUGUUAGCUACGAAAUUUAAUGAAGUUAGUAGCCCAAUUGGCAGUCUCCAGGAA